UAUCACUAGUGGUUGCUGUUGCUUCUGCCACCGAGACGUACUGUGGCGCUUUUGGGAUCCGCUGUACGAGUCAGUUGUCUGUUCGCAUCCAACUAGAAAGCAAGUAGGUUCUGUACUAGAGUUUCUUCGGUAAGAAGCCACGAGGUCGUUCGCUGCGUUAGCAAUUUUGUUGUGCUUUCAGAAGCUGCAUAAUAUUGAAACAUAAAUAACACAUUUUUACAACACAGUGCAUCUAAAAAGUUAUACUUACUACAAACAUAUAAUUUAUUAAACACCAUAUAUUUUAUUUAUUCGGUAAAGAAGCUAAAUCAGUUCAACGUGUAAACGCGGCGCAGAAACUUAUGAACACGAGCAAUCAGGCCAGCAUCUAAGCACAUUCAACCCAUAGAAGAAUAAAAGGAGCGCUAGAAUAAUAUGCUGAUUUGCGCAUGAGGCAGUAAUUGAAUGAGUUUGGCGUUGAGAAAAAUUAAUUGUGUUUGAAAAGCCUAAAAUAGAGUAUCACACGUGUUUUGGUUCUGUGUGACCAUUCCAAAGUGACAACAGACAACAAUAAAACACCAGAGUGACAGUGUUAAGUAACAUAGUAAAAUAAGGUAAACAAAAAUAAGUGGAAAAGUGUGUUCAGGUGCGUUAAGUUUGUCGAUAAAGAAAAGUGAAAAGUGUAGCAGAGUGAAAAAAUCGUGGUAUUGAAAGUGAACGUUUAAGUUGGGAUAGAGUUAGAGAGCAAGAUAAAGAUAUACAGAGAGAGAGAGCGCAAGCGAGCAAAAACAAAAUAAAUAUUUGUAUGCUUUAUAAUCCCGGCCACCGGCCAAAACUGCUCUGUAACGAUAAAGUACAAGAUUUUGCAACAACAUUGUGCCAGUAAAAAAACAUAAGAAAUCCAACAACUGCAAGAAAAUCACUGCGCCGAAGGGGAAUCUUAAAACUUCGUCGCUCUAAGUAGAACUUUUAAAAUCACAAGUAUUUUUACAUACGCCAAAAUUGCUCAAACAAUUUUCUAUCCGACUUGUUACAUCAAUUCCGCAAAACUGCACCUAAUAAACGAUCCGUUUACCAUAAUGGAGGGCUUCGUGCAUGACUGGCCCACGCCCCCGCCCACAGAUAUUCCCCUGCAUAUGGAUCUAGUCACCGAACUACAGGGCGAUGGUGGUUUUGAGCCGCAAACUCGAGCCAGAUCGAAUACCUGGCCAUGUCCGCGGCCAGAACAAUUUGUGGAGCCGUCAGACGAUUUGGACAGCACGAAAGCGAGUAACCAGCAGCUGGCGGGUGGAGAUUCGCAGCAAGCUGUGCAAAAUAUUAACACAGCAAAAAAAAAUUCGUCGCGUCGUAAUGCGUGGGGAAAUUUAUCAUAUGCGGAUCUGAUAACGCACGCUAUCGGUUCGGCGCCCGACAAACGGCUCACUUUGAGCCAAAUCUACGAAUGGAUGGUGCAGAAUGUGCCAUAUUUCAAGGAUAAGGGCGAUUCGAAUAGCAGCGCUGGUUGGAAGAAUUCCAUUCGCCACAAUCUUUCGUUGCACAAUCGUUUUAUGCGAGUCCAAAAUGAGGGUACUGGUAAAUCGUCUUGGUGGAUGCUCAAUCCCGAUGCGAAACCGGGUAAGUCAGUGCGACGACGCGCAGCCUCGAUGGAAACGUCGCGCUAUGAGAAACGUCGGGGGCGUGCCAAAAAACGCGUGGAAGCUUUACGUCAAGCGGGUGUAACGGGUCUCGUUGAUGCGACACCAUCGCCCAGCAGUAGCGUGAGCGAAGGUUUGGAUCACUUCUCGGAGAGUCCAUUGCACAGUGGUAAUUUCCAAUUGUCGCCGGACUUUCGACAACGCGCCUCAUCGAAUGCCAGUUCCUGUGGACGUCUCAGUCCCAUACCAGCACUCAUAGGACUUGAACCCGAUUGGAGUUUCGGUACUGACUACACAAAUACAAACAUAACGUCUGCACAGUCAGCGUCAAUGGAUCAAUUAGCUGGUUCAAUAGCGGAGGUUAAAUUGCCAAAGGAUAUUCUGCAAGGGUUCAGCGCUGCCUCGGGCAUUCCCACGCAACCGCCGCCGCCCUAUCAAGCGCCACAGAGGUAUAACCUAAACGGGGCCGUCGUCACACAGGGCUACAGCUUGCAGGCUCAACAAUGUCUGUUGCAUCGUUCACUGACGUGCAGCUGUUUGCACAAUUCACGCGACGGUCUGUCGCCCAAUUCCGUCGCCACAACAAUGUCACCCGCCUAUCCGAAUAGUGAACCGUCGUCGGACUCAUUGAAUACAUACAGUAAUGUGGUCUUAGAUGCGGGCAGCACAGCUGGCGUUGCGAAUGAUAAUGGAACUAGCUUAAUGGUUCAACAGCAACAACAACAACAACAACAACAACAACAGCAGCAACAACAACAACAACGGCACCAACAACAGCAAGUGCAGAAACAGCAGCAGCAGCAAUCACUUAGCACAAAUUUGGAAGACAAUAAUUGCGCAUCAACGCUCAUCGGACAAUGCAUGGAGGCACUCAACAAUGAGCCACAAAUUGACGAAUUUACAUUAGACAGCUUUCAACCUGGCCUAGAAUGCAAUCUGGAGGAAUUAAUCCGACAGGAGAUGAGCAUUGACGGCUUGUUGGAUAUCAAUAUCCCAUUCCCAGCUGACCCCUCAACUGUUACCAAUGACAGUACUAAUAUCGUUAAUAGCGCCCUCGGCGUGGCGAAUAAUGCGCAGCAUCAACAACAACAACAGCAGCAAAUGAAUCAGUUGCAAACGCAGUUACCCCAGCAACAGCAGGCCCAACUGAUGCCAUCGCUGCUUAAUAGUAUCGCUAGCAAUAAUAACAACAACAAUAAUAAUAGUAAUACGCUAGAGCGGCCAUCCACCACACAAACGCAAACAAAUUUGAACGUGCGAGUACAAUACUCGCAAGCGAGCGUUGUAACAGCACCAUCUUGGGUGCAUUAGAAGAACGAGUGAGCGAGCGAGCGAGUAGGAGUAAUAACAAUAGUAAAAACAUUAUUAGCUAAAUAAAGUGGUAAUCUAAGAAAUGAGUUUGUAUGCACCUGUAAAAAUAAGAGAAAUGUAAUAUGAGUAGUCGGUUGCGAAUGCAAAUACCCGGCCACAGUGGUGGCGCAGCUUGACUGUCUGAAGAUGAUACGAUUUGAAAUUGGGUGCACGGGUUUUUGGGCGCCUCAUACCGGGGCAAUUUGUAGCACAUUGCUAAUUUUACAUACAAAUAUAUGUGUACUACAUGCAUACAUAGCUGCUAAUAGUUGAUGAAAUGAGUUAACCUAUAUCUAUACAUAUACCUACAUACAUACGUGUAAGAAUAAUGCCAACGAUUUGCUUUCUACCUUCAACCCACAAGAGAAAUCAAAGAAAAAAGAAAAAAAAUGUAAUCAAGAUGAAAUAAUUGUCGUAUGGAAUAAAAUGAAGAGUUGGAUGGCAAAGAAACAAAACUAAACAAACAAAGCGAAGCACAAGUUUGUGUUUAAUAAUCAAGGACAAUAGCGAUGGAGCAUUAGUUAAGUAACUGCAACAAUAAAUGCAAGCAGUAGGCAACACAACCCCAGUUUAGAAAGUUAUUUAGCUGGCUCUAAAGUCGAUAACAAACAACAAAUCUAAUAGGAUUAUAUAAAAACUUAGUUAAAGUUAGAUAUAAUCAGUUGUAAGCGAGUUGUACAUACAAAUCUGCAAAGUAAUUGUAACAGCGAUUGUAAAUAAGCAAGCGGUUUGCAAAUAUAAAAAACAAACAUUUUUGUUUGAGUUAAAGAAAUUAUGCAAACAAAUUUCUAAACAUCAAAUAAAGUUUUAAAAAAAUUGAAUAAAAUGUUAGUAAAUGCUAAAUAAAUAUGCAACAAUAAAAUCCCUUAAUAAUUCGUAUACGUAAUACAUAUAAAAUAAAAAACAAAAUGUUAUGAAUAAAAAAUUUAAUUUUUUAUUUUAUUUUGCUUACUAGUUCGUUAAUAAUUGAAAUAAUGUAAAUCUUAAAUACUAGGCAUGUAAUAUCGAGCGAGAGUGUAAAUUGGCUUAAGUUGAAAAAUAUGUUUUGUUAAUGUACAACAUUAACAUAUUACAUAAGGUAAGAAAAAUUUAUAGAAAAAUAAUAAUAUACUAUAUGGAUGUUCGUAAUCAAACACCGACAUAUGUACAUAUGUAGCAACGAUACAAUAACUUGAAUUGUUAAAUAAAUCAAAAAAUGGUUAGAUGUGUUUAUAUAUUAUUUUCUUUUAAGUAGUACAAAAUGUUAAAUGGAGAUGUCAAAUAUAAAAAAUAUAUAAAAAUAAAUGUAAGAAAGAAAAACAAACAAAAAUGGCAGAUAAUAAUUGAAUGUUUACUACAUACGAGUAUAGGCACUAGCGCACGCAUACAUUCAGACAAAAAUAUUAACGUAUCUACAAUGUAAAUAUGAAACGUUUACAGUGAAGCAAAGAAACAUUAAAAAGUGUUGCAUCAGAUUUGGUGGUUGGAGAAUACAUUUGUUUAAUCAGUUUUCUACUAUAGCUUUAGCUUUAGAUCAGAAUAAUAGUUUAUUUUAUAAAAUAUUGUUUUUCCAAAUAUCGUAUUGGAAAACAAAACCGCCAAUUUGCUGCGUUCAAAACUAGUUUGCUGCUGCCUGCAAAGCGAAUGGUUAUGCAAGUAUAAGUGUAUAUGUGUGAGCGCAAAUACUAAUAUGCAUGUGUGAGUAAAAUUCCACGCAUGGGUCGAUAACUUUUUUAACGAUUAAUUGAAGCAGAGAGGAGUGCAACGGAGCCAAUAAUUGGUUUUUAUUAUAUUUGAGCAGCUUAGAUAUAUGUAGUUCGGUGAGAGGGACUCAAAAAAAUGUUUAAUAUAUUCUGAAAAUCGGGUGAAAUGGAAUAAUCAUCCACGAAUCUGCUAACUCCAUGACUAUGGGUCCUUCUUCUUCUUAAUUAGCGCGAUAACCGCUUACGCGAUUUUGGCCGAGUUUAACAAAGCGCGCCAGUCGUUUCUUUCUCGUGCUAACCGGCGCCAAUUGGACAUGCCAAGUGAAGCCAAGUCCUUCUCCACCGUGGAGGCCUUCCUCUUCCUCAGCUACCACCAGCUGGAACCGCAUCGAAUACUUUCAAAGCCAGUUAAGACAGUUAAUUUUAACGUUUCAAAACCUUUCUACCUUCUUUUUGUCUUUAAGUUUUCUAGUUUUAGAAAGAUAGUGUUCGAGUUUUGUUUCCAAGCUAUCGCUUUAAACGCCAUCCAAUGCACUGUUUUGCCAGAACAAAAUACAUUUUACCCUACUUUCCUGUAAAUUUGCUUGAACUCGUAAAUUCCGCUCGUUUUGUGUAGCUUGGAAAUACAUAAAUGUUCAUUCUGCAGCGACGCGAACUAUAUAGCUACUACGAGUGUUCCAUUCAACUACGACUUAAUUAGGGCAUUCACUAGGGUGUCGUAAAGGUCGUAUUGCGGUAUGCCAUGAACUUGCUAAAAAUAUAUUUACAGCGUUCGCUAGGUACCGUACAAGGCAUAUGGUAUUAUAAAUUUACUCUACGCUACAAAAUAGUUGUGGUUUCGAGUAUUCUAAACGUUUAUUUAAUAAUUAAAAACUAUAACACAUAAAACAAUACCGUCAUUAUGACAACUUGUGAAUCAUCUAAAUGUAUUUCGCUAAACGCGAAUAGCUUUGCUACGCAUAUUUCAACUGCCCUAAAGUGCGAGAAUGUGAUAAAUUCGAUGUAGAAAAUAAAUGACAAUAAAUCGCUUAUUCUAUCCAUCAUCUACUGAGUUCACUAUGACUUUUGAUGCAGUAAGUGGUGCGUUCGAUUGGAAAUGGUGGGUUCGUGUGAUUUUUUCGAAUUAAAGGGAAUACGAGAAAACCAGUUCCUGUUAGGGUUUAAUAUAAAUAAAAUAAAACCUGGCCAUCGUAGACGAAUGGGUUUGUAAGGGACAACAAUUAGUUAGGGUCCAGCUGUAAAACCCAGUGGGGGUAUGAAAUAUUAAUUGGUAGAAAAAAUGUUUCUAAUAGCGGUCGCCCCUCAGCAGGCAAUCGCAAAUCUCCAAGCGUAUUUCUGCUAUAAAAAAGCUCCUCAUAAUAAAUAUCUGCCGUUCGGAGUAGGCAGCAAGACGCACACCACAAAUGGAGGAGGAGCUCGUCCAAAUACCCAAAAAGUGUGUAAAGGCUGUCCUAGAUUAGUACCCUUUUAAUAGAACGCCAGGGUUCCACCCUAAUGCCAAUGCGUUAGCGUGUAUGUUGAACAAAAUUCAGUAGGUAUGGGCAAUAUCAGAUCGUUAUCCGGUUCUCAACGAAUUUGAAAAGAUUAGCUGAUUGGUUUACGUCACAUGGGUCAUGACUGCGGCUUGUUUACGAAAAACAUGAGAUAGUGUUGGUGAUAUAUUGCUUCGUUACCGCCUGAGCAAGCGGAACGAAACCCCGUAGACGUGGCAGCCGAAAUUACUCCCACAAUUUGGGUUUUCAGUUGACUGAAAGUCAAUGCCCGGUAUCAUUCUUGUUAGCGAGAGUUAUUAUGGUUUUAUUGCUUUUCUUAAGCAAAGAAGGGGAUUCAGAGCGUACAAUAAUUCAAUGUCGAAGCGAGUGCAAGUCAGUUUCGAACUA